AUGUUUAUCUUUCUUUACGCACUUCUGCCUUUCUAUCAUAUAAAUACAAAAGCAGAAAACACUAUUUGCCAAAUGAUGGGAGACCCUAAGUAUCCACUGCUUUCCAAGGAUGGAGACAUAAUCAUUGGAGCACUUUUUGUUAUCCACACUGAAGUAUCAUUACCUUCAUUUGAGUUUACACAAAAACCUCAGCAUGUAUUAUGCUCCAGUGUGAAUAUAAAAGAUCUCCGGCUGGCUCAAACGAUGAUCUUUGCCAUUGAGGAGAUUAAUAAAAGUAAAAGUUUGCUCCCAAAUGUUUCUGUUGGUUAUAAAAUUUAUGAUACCUGUGGUUCAAGACUGGCUUCUAUGAGUGCAACUAUGGCAUUGAUGAAUGGUCUAGAGUUUUCAACAGGAGACAGAUGCAUCGGACAGCCUCCUAUACAUGCCAUCAUAGGAGAAACAGAGUCUUCCAACACAGUGAUUUUGUCCAGAACCACAGAACCUUUUAAAAUUCCAGUGAUAAGUCCCUCAGCCACAUGUGACUGUCUUAGUAAUAGGAAAAAUUAUCCAUCUUUCUUCAGGACUAUUGCUAGUGAUUACCACCAGAGCAGAGCACUUGCAUACAUAAUCAAGCACUUUGGCUGGUCUUGGGUUGGUGCUGUGAACAGUGACAAUGACUAUGGAAACAAUGGAAUGGCCAUAUUUCUGAAAACAGCUGAAGAAGAGGGGAUUUGUGUGGAGUACUCUGUGAAAUUCCUGAGGACAGAGCCUGAAAAGAUUAGAAACGUUGUGGACAUCAUCAAACAAGGCACCACUAAAGUAGUUGUUGCAUUUCUUACCGGUUUUGAGAUGAAAAGUCUACUCGAGCAGCUAGGUAUUCAGAACAUUACAGGACUCCAAAUGAUUGGUGUGGAGGCAUGGAUAACUUCAAAAAGUUUGAUGACUCCAAACAGUUUUCAUGUGUUGGGAGGGUCACUGGGCUUUGCAGUGAGAAAAAUUCAAAUUGAAGGGUUUGCAGAUUAUGUUAUGAAAGCAUUCUGGGACACAGCUUUCCCAUGCUCCUCUAAUGCUGAAUUAAAUUGCAGUCGAUAUCAAGAUCUAUUUGUGGUGAAAAAUUAUAAUGAAGAUGUGCCUGAACAAAGAUUUCCAAGCUACGUCUACAAAGCAGUUUAUGCUGUGGCUCAUUCACUACACAGUCUACUCAAUUGCAAAGAACAAGAUGGUUGUGAGAAAGGCCUGACAAUACAACCACAGCAGGUGGUUGAGGCUUUGAAAAAGGUAAAUUUCACUGUAAAGAUGGGAGAUCGUGUGUGGUUUGACAACACUGGUGCUGCAGUGGCCCAGUAUGAAAUUGUGAAUUGGCAGCAGAACCUAGAUGGAUCAUUCCAAUUUAAAUCAGUGGGAUACUAUGAUGCCUCGCUGUCCCUUGAUAAGCGCUUUGUGAUUAACACUAACAACAUAAUCUGGGCCAGAGGACAACUGGAGAAGCCGAGGUCUGUGUGCAGUGAGAGCUGCCCGCCAGGCACUAGGAAGGCUGCACAGAAAGGAAGACCUCUCUGCUGUUAUGACUGUAUUCCAUGUGCAGAAGGAGAAAUCAGUAAUGAGACAGAUUCAAUUAACUGCAAGCAGUGUCCAGGGGAAUACUGGUCUAAUUCUGAGAAGAAUAAAUGUGUCUUAAAGGCUGUAGAGUUUCUGUCAUUCACAGAAGUUAUGGGUAUAGUGCUAGUCUUUUUCUCACUGUUUGGAGUAGGAUUAACUGUGUUUGUGGCCAUCCUGUUUUACAGCAAGAAGGACACCCCUAUAGUAAAAGCCAACAACUCAGAGCUGAGCUUCCUGCUGCUCUUCUCUUUGACUCUUUGUUUCCUCUGUUCUCUUACUUUCAUUGGUCGGCCCACUGAAUGGUCCUGUAUGUUGCGUCACACAGCAUUUGGGAUCACUUUUGUUCUCUGUAUCUCCUGUGUUCUGGGGAAAACAAUAGUUGUGUUAAUGGCCUUCAAGGCUACACUUCCAGGAAAUAAUGUCAUGAAAUGGUUUGGGCCUGUACAACAACGACUCAAUGUUCUUGCCUUUACACUAAUACAGGUUCUUAUCUGUGUGCUGUGGCUAACAAUAUCUCCUCCAUUUCCCAACAAAAAUAUGAAAUAUUAUAAGGAAAAGAUCAUUCUUGAGUGCAGUUUGGGUUCUACAAUAGGUUUCUCUGCUGUGCUGGGAUAUAUUACCCUACUAGCUAUCUUGUGCUUCAUUUUGGCUUUUCUUGCUCACACACUGCCUGACAACUUCAAUGAAGCCAAAUUCAUCACAUUCAGUAUGCUCAUAUUUUGUGCUGUAUGGAUCACAUUUAUUCCAGGUUAUGUCAGUUCUCCUGGAAAAUUUAUUGUGGCUGUGGAGAUAUUUGCCAUUUUAGCCUCAAGCUUUGGUUUACUAUUCUGCAUAUUUGCACCUAAAUGCUAUAUCAUCUUACUCAAGCCUGAACAAAAUACAAAGCAGCAUAUGAUCGGAAAACAUCCAGCUAAAUUUUUGAAAUAAAAUAGCUUAGCUAUAUUAUUUCUAGAUGCAAUUUUUAAUAGUGUCGAUGUCAGUUUUUUCCACUAUAUUAAAGAGAAAAAAAAAAAAAAGUGAAGUGAUUAAUUGCAAAACAAAUAAAUAAUUAAAAGGCUGAGCUAUGAUGAUUACUGCUUUAACAGAAGAGCAAAGAAGGCCAAAUCUAAUUUUACUGUUUGUGUAAUUGCUACUCUACAACAUUACAACAAAAAACAAAAUAAUAACUCGAUGUCAUAGGGACUGCAUAGUACACAUGAUAAGUCAUAUGUCUUACAAUGUUAUUAUUAUUAUUAUUAUUAAUUGUCUCAUCACAAAUAUAUUUAUUUAUUCGCUAGUAUAUAUUCAUGGAAAUCAAUAAAUAUGUGUUUUUGAUAUAAACUGUAAAGAAAACUUCAUGUUAUUUAAGGGAAAGAAUGUUUUUGUUUUUGUUUGUUUUUGUUUUUUUGUCCCCCAUUAGCUGAUAAUAAUUUAAAGUGUUUUACAACUUAAUGACUAUUGAAGACUGAAAUAAAGACUUUAGUGGCCUGCUACUCUUUUGUCUGUCCCUGUAUUUAUUCACUUACUUUUUGUAUUUUGUUUGAAAUCAUUGAGUAGGGGUCAAACUGAUGUAACAGAAAAGAAAAAAAAAAAAAACACC